AAGAGGCCGAGAGAGCUCGCAUACAUACAGCAUUCAGCUGACACACUCGUGGGGUAUGUGUCUCCAUUGUGUUAGGUGACUAAAAGCAGAACAGAGAACGCGACCUAAAGUCACGCAACCAGGCCUCGACCGCCCCCGCUGUUCUGCGAUCAGCCUGUUUCAGAGUGUCCACUCAGGGAUCUGCUGGGAAGGGGAGUGUUAUUAAGCCUGUGAACAACAACAAAACACACACACACACACACACACACACACACAGAGUACAGCUCAUAUUCUCCUGAACGGUGACUCAGGCCGGCAUGUUGGGUGUUGUUGGGGGGUUUCCCGGAGCCUCUUGGUGUUGACAGAAGCAGGAGGAUGGUCAAGGUGAGUGGCUGGACAAAGUGUAACAGAGACACCGAGCAGUCAUGAGGAUCAGACAUGUUACCAGGAGACCAUGUACCUGUGGACGGGACAGAGGAACAGAGCAACCCGACUAAAGGCAGUGCAUCUUUAAAAUCAGGGCAGGAAAUCCUUUCAACAUGUGACCCUCUUAGCAGAGGAAAUCCCAUCAGCACUGACCUCAUCAGCACCCAGCCUCUGCCUGCCGCAGCCCCGUCAGCAGAGGCUUCACAGGAGGCGGCAGGGUUAAAGAAGCCUCAGUGCGACCCUGAGAAGCCCACCUGCCCACGAUGUGGUCUCAGAGUACCAGACCACAGGCUGCCUCCUCAAUCCUCGGGCCUGAGCCGACUGCAGGGCUCCAGCUUGUCCGUGCAAAGCAGCAAGAGGAGCAGGAGCCGUGUGGCCGGCUCACACCAACCUACUGCAACACCUGCUGACUCCUGUUUACAUCUGCUGCUGGCAUGCCUGUCGUGUCAGGGCUCCGUGCUGCUCCAGGGUCUGUUGGAGGCCUGCUCCUCCUGCCUCCACACCUUUUGCUCGUCCUGCUGCGACGCCUGCUCCCGCUGCUGUGCGGCCAUCCAGGAGACGCCCGUGGAAGAUCUGAACUGCCACGCCCACUGCCACUCGGUGCUGUUCGAGUCUUGCUGCGAGCCGACCGAGUGUCUCGAGUUUUGCAUCGAUUGCUGCGAGAUUUGCCAUCGCAGCUAAAAGGAGGCAGGCCGGACCACGAGGCCUGUGACUGUGACUGAAGCUACUGUGACACUCAUUAGUGCUACAAUGACAUUUUGUGUGACUAAACAUCAUUUUGUUGACCUUGUUGUGACCUUCAGAGUUGUGAACAGCUGUCAAAUUCAGUUGUUCCUAUACCAAAUGCCGCUGAAAUCAUUUGAGCAAAAGUAUUGUCGACGAACAACAGAUCAUCCUACCUAUGGUGCGGUAACUCCGCUCAAUAUCUGGCAACCUCACGGGAGUCGUGCAGUUACUCCACAUAAAACCACAAAUUGUCAAAUAUUAAACAUAAUUAGACACUUAGUUACUUUCUUUAUUGGCGAAUCUGUUGAUUCUUUUCCAGUUCAAUCGAUUAGUUUGUUCCAUAAAAUGUCUAUAAGUAUGGACACGAUAAUCGACUGUCAGAACAGUUGCUAACUAAUUAUUUUUUUUGGCC